AUGGUAGACCGUACAGUUGUUGUCACUGGAGCCACGGGCCUUCUAGGCCGGCAAGUAACUCGUGCAUUUCGCAGAAAGGGUUGGAACGUCAAAGGCACAGGCUACUCUCGAGCCGACGGCGUUGAUGUAUUGAAAGUUGACCUUGGCAAUUCUAGCGAGAUUGCCAAGCUUCUAGACGAGACUAAGCCAGAGGUUAUUGUCCACUGCGCCGCAGAGCGUUUCCCCGAUAAAGUUGAAAAGGACCCCGAGGGCGCCAGGAAACUCAAUGUGUCGGCAACGUCCUCGCUCGCGGAAGCCGCGGCUGCCAAAGGCGCGUUCUUGAUCUACAUUUCGACCGACUACGUCUUUCCUGGAAAGCUCGGGGAAGCACCGUAUGAAGCGGACGCAGAAACAAGCCCGCCCAAUCUGUAUGGCCAGACAAAGCUCGACGGCGAAAAGGCGGCCCUGGCUGCGUAUGACGGCAAGGCCGGAUCGGCAGUGGUGCUCCGCGUCCCUGUGCUGUAUGGUUCAGCAGAGACGCCGACCGAGAGUGCCGUCAAUGUGCUACUGGAUGCCGUCUGGAAGUCCCAAACGGAAGACAAGAAGAUUAAGAUGGACCAUUGGGCUCCACGCUACCCGACCAAUACUGAAGAUGCAGGUCGGGUGUGUCAUGACAUUGCGGAACACUAUCUGAGCGCUUCUAAUCGAGCCUCCCUGCCAAAGAUCUUGCAGUUCUCCAGCGAAGACAGAAUGACCAAGUACGAAAUGUGUCAAAAGUUUGCGGAGAUUAUGGGUCUGCCCGCGGACAACAUUGAGCCCAACACAGAAGGCAACGACCCGAAUGCAAGCGUGCAGCGCCCAUAUGACACGCAUCUGAGCACAAAGACGCUCAAGAGCCUGGACAUUGAGCUGUCCACCUGCGACUUUACUGCGUGGUGGAGGCGCGAGCUCGGGGCGUUUCGCAAGUAA